AUGGACAAAUACAAUCAAACAAUACUGAAUGAAUUCAUCCUAUUGGGAAUCACAGACCGCCCUGAGCUGCAGGCUCCAUUGUUCGUGCUGUUCCUCAUCAUCUACAUGAUCUCAAUGGUGGGCAACUUGGGCAUGAUCAUCCUCACCAUGGUGGACUCCAAGCUACAAACACCCAUGUACUUUUUCCUCAGACACCUGGCUAUAACAGAUCUUGGUUAUUCAACAACCGUGGGACCUAAAAUGUUGGUGAAUUUUGUUGUGGAUGAAAAUACAAUCUCCUAUUAUUUUUGUGCUGUACAGUUAACUUGCUUUGUUUUAUUCAUCAUUAGUGAACUUUUCAUUUUAUCAGCCAUGUCCUAUGACCGCUAUGUGGCCAUCUGUAACCCUCUGCUCUACACCAUCAUUAUGUCUCAAAGGGUAUGCCACGUGUUGGUGACAAUCCCCUAUCUCUACAGCACCUUUGUUUCUCUUCUGGUCACCAUAAAGAUUUUCAACUCAACCUUCUGUGGCUACAAUGUCAUCAGUCACUUCUACUGUGACAGUCUACCUUUGUUAUCUUUGCUUUGCUCAAACACACAUGAAAUUGAAUUAAUAGUUUUUGCCUUAUCAGCAUUUAAUUUAAUUUCAUCUCUUCUAAUUGUUCUUGUUUCCUACAUGCUCAUUCUUGUAGCCAUUCUCAGGAUGAACUCUGCAGAAGGUAGGCGCAAGGCCUUCUCCACCUGUGGAUCUCACCUGACAGUCGUAGUAGUGUUCUAUGGGACUUUAAUCUUUAUGUAUGUGCAGCCCCAAUCUAGUCAUUCCUUUGAUACUGAUAAAGUGGCUUCCAUAUUUUACACCCUAGUUAUCCCUAUGCUCAAUCCCUUGAUCUAUAGUUUGAGGAACAAAGAUGUAAAAUAUGCUUUGCAUAGAACUUUGCAACAGUUAUGUACUAUGUUUUCUCAAAGAUCACUGUAA